GUGGAUCGCGGAACAGAGGCUAGACACUUGAGCAGCAACGACCGACCUGUUCCAUUUCCCGGAGCCAACAUCUUCGAAGGCGGACAACCAAGCUGGAGGAAGAGGAAUGGUCCCUUGGGCCUUUGGCGUGCUUCUCGUCCUCGUUUCUGCUCUGGGUCUUUUUCUCAACGGUUACGUUCUCCUCGUGGUUCUCGGGCUGGGCAAACAGACGCAGCAGCAACAGACCGCCAAUACCUUGUUGCUGAUACACUUGGGAGCCGUGGAGGCGGCUGUGUGUCUGAUAUUACUGAUCUUUACCACUGGUUCUUGGGCUAUCGCUGGCACCUGGUGCGUUCUCCACGGGUUUCUCCUCGCUCUCCUGCAUCCGGUCGCACUCUGGACCGUAACUGGAUUGAACUGUGACAGAUAUUACGCGAUCGCAGCGCCGCUGCAUUACGCCGCAUUGGUGUCGCCACGUCGCGUUGCAGUUGGUCUAGCUGCAUCUUGGAUAGGGGCUCUGUUCCUGUGCGUGCUGCCCUUCUGGGGCCUGGUACCGUCUUACAGAUACAGUCCAGGGCUGGGUUGCUGCGCGCCGAAUUUCGGCAACAAUUCGUGGGCGUCGGCGCUUUACGGGGCAGCUUAUGCGAUUCUGGGUCUGGCGCUGCCCGCGAUCCUCGUAACCGUGUGCAAUUUGCGUGUGCUCGGCAUCGCGCGUUAUCACCGGCAUCGCAUCGCGAGCGCAAUUUACGAAGUCACCCUGAGCGCCCAGGCGACCAUCACCCAUCAACGGAAUCCGUUUUUCGUACCCACUGUCACGGCACCUUCAGUCGUCAACCCGCCCCGCUUUCACAGCGCGGCCAAAACGGUAAUGCAACUGGUUGGUUCACUGUACUUGCUUUAUUUUCCGUACUGCGGUCUGAUUCUUUGGGAAGUUUGCGACGUCGGCAAUCAACCGCACCUCCACGACCAUUCCAAUCUCACGUCGUUGGCCUCCCUCUUGCUCGCCUGUUCACCGCCCAUCAACGGCCUCCUCUACGGCUUGAAAUCGCAGACCCUUAGACGAUCGGUGAAGAAUUAUUGGCGGAAAAAGGCGACAAAGUCGGAACUUCAACAAGAGAUCCAGGCGAGGACCCCGAGCGCAGCAGGAUCGCGUAGACCGUCCGGAAGCGGAACUGGUUCUUUCUUCCCAUUCCCACCACUACAGCGAAGGCUCAGCGAGGCUCUGUUGGCACUGGGAUCCUGCAGAACCGGAAACAGCUUCGACAGCAAUAAUCUCGGCUUUCAUCGAAGCAGAUUGCAACCUGCCGCCUCGUGCAAUACCCUUCGAGUACCUACUUCCGAAUCAGGUGAAAGCAGUAAAUUAGUGAGGUCCAGCGCGAGCGCAGCCAGCCUGAUGGGUCCCCACUACAGAAGCGACUUCAUAGGCGUAGACAUGAGCGCUGGUUGCUCCAUAGCAAUGAAUGAAACACCGAGAAGAAGUCCAAGGAUACUUAUAACCAGAGCGUGCAGCGAGGAUAGCCAAGAUGGAGGGAGUCCGUUGUUGAGGAAGACUUUCCUGGCCAAUGCUCUUCCACCUGUUUACGAGAAACGGAGAUGGCGGCAUUGCAGCACCGGAAGCGAUAGCAGCACGGGAAGUAGCGAGGCGAGCGUGUGGACGACGGGCGUCGCGCAGAAACUCGCCAAGGUCAAUGCAAAAAGCGCAUCGGACAUGUGGCCUGCAUCGAGGAGAUUCGUGCGGGGAAAAAAUUUGGAAGAAGGAGCGCUUCUGGUUGGCGCCAGACCGAGCAAUAACAGCGAGAGCAGCGAUACCACGGACACCACGGCCACCACAACUACCACGACGAUGCCCAGCAAGCUGGUCACGAUGGAAAACGGAGGCUGUCAGGAGAAAGAGAACGAAAAGGUAAACGGCAGCAAGAAGAACGGAGAUCGAAGUGAGAGCGACAACAGCUGGAGCAGCGUGGACGAGAUCGAGUCGAAGGAAAUGGCGGACAAGAGCAUAGAAGAGGAUAAUUUCGAGAAGAUCGAGGAGGAAGCAGAAGCAGAAAAGUGCAAGCAAUUAAGGCGGAAAUCGAAAACGAUUCGCAAACCGGACGUUCCUCAGGAUUGCAAGGAGGCCGCGCAACGAAGGCCUCUUCUCACCUAAGUUCGAUCAAUCGACGGACGGACGAACACCUUUCUCGUCGUUCUGAUUUAUCAUCCUUUCUUUGGUCCCAUAAUUUAUCGACACAAUUUUUUAACGUGUCCAAAAGACCCCACCGAGGUGACUUGGCGAAGUAGCUCACGUAUAAUAAUUUCUUGCCAAGCCUGGUGCCCCUGAAGUUCACGGGGAGCCGCCAAUUAUUUUUUUAAGGAUCCAACCGAGUUUCAUUCACCCGAUCGAUCGUCCAACCAGAGGCCAGACGUGUCCCGUAUGCUCGAUAAC